AUGCGAAAGCGGCCGGCCCAAAAUAGUCAAGAGCAUCAACAACAAUCACAACAACAACAACAACAACAACAACCACCGCAACAACAAACGCAACAACAAAGACAGCAACAACAACAACAAAGACAACAACUAAGACAACAUCAAAGACAACUCCAACAAAGGCAACUUCAAAGAUUAGAACAAUUAAGAUUACAACAACUACAACGAGAAGAGGAAGACGGUCAGGAGGAAGGAGAUAGUCUGCCUUUGACCAACACCAGCACCAGUACAACCAGCACCACCAGCACAACAAACAACAGCGUCAGAUCUCCAACAACUGGAGGCCACACAGAGUCCACAAUGUUCUCAGCCAGCCAUUAUAAUUAUCCAAAUAUUGAAUAUGUCCAUCACCAAUUACAACACCAACAACUCCAACAUUACCAUCAACAACAACCACACCAACAACAAUAUCCAUUGUCCCUGUCACCACCUAAUAUCCCUCGUACCCAAUCACCAUUCCAUCCUAAUAUGACCUUGCAACAAUAUCAAUAUUAUUUACACCAUCUACAUCAACAACAACUUCAACAACAACAACAACAACAACAACAACAUAUAAAUAGCCAUUCAAACUCACAAACUCCAUAUACCAUCCCUUACAACCAAUACCCUGUCUCACCUCAACCAUCACAUGAGGGCAUCAAUCGACUAUAUAUUACAUCACCUCCAUCAACGCCCUCGCCUCCACCUCCUCCAUCCUCUCCGCCACAAUUGCAAUCACCUCCGCCACCACCUCCCCAACCCCCAAUCCACAAAGUUGCACAAUCCACAUCCGGAUGUCCACUGCAGGAUCACUGUCUAUUGUGUGAGAGGGGUGCACCAUUUUUGACCAACGACAAUGGAAGAUGGUCCAAUGUAAUGCUCGUUGUGUUAUAUUGUCUGACACAUGCCUACCCCAACACGCCAGGUAACAUGUUCAACCUAUCCAAUGACAUUUAUGGAUUGAUGGAGCAUCAUUGGAAGGAUCUCUGUCAUGAGAAGGAUUAUACAGGACAUAUUAUCACACAAGAAGGAUUGGUUCAGGUCGGGAUGCUCUGA